AGUGAUUCAGUUGCAUACGUUAUUUUUUGUCUGGAUUCUCCGUUUGACGUACUUGUAACCACGACGCUAGGAAUGUAAUAUUACGUUUCAUAAUUUGAAAUUUUCAAUACGAAAAAUUGGCAUCAAAAUAUUGUGCUUGCGGUAAUGUGAUUAGCCGGUACGAAAAAGCACAUUACAACGUUCGUAAAUCGUUGCUUCUUAUAUUUUUUUAGUACACGUGAAAAAAGCACAAUAAUGUUGUUAAAUUAUUAUACACGCAGGUACAAAAGUUACAAGUCAUCGAUGACUGUCAUAAUACUUAACCUGUUUGUAGGUUGACUACUCUGAUAAACAUUGAAAUACUUACUUAAUUUUUUAUGAAAAAAGAAAGCACUACUGAUAUUUUCAUCGGUUUUACAGAAAAAUAAUAUAGCAUACAAUGUUUUAAUUUUGUUUGGAUCGCUAUAAUCAAUUACUUUUCUUGUUUCAAUUAAAUUGAAUUAAACUUUCCAAAAAGCUGAGGUGGUUACAAAGUACGAUCACAUGUAUACUUGUUUUACUGCAUUUCAUAUUCAUAAUUUAUAUCGUUUUAAUAUUAUAAAUGUAAAUGUAUUUGUGAAAUCGAGAAGAUGCCCAAAAUUUGUAAUCCUCCUUUCUUCCCAAAAUGCCAAAGCUCUUUCUAACGUCGUUAGUACCGACUCCAAAUUAGGAUUUAAAAACUGUCGUUUGUAACGUUUUACCGCGCAUUGCUGGUGCACCUACGGCUUUGACGACAGCGUGCAAUUUCAGCCAACAGUCGAAAUAAGAAAGGCCCCCAAUUAUCCAUGUGACGCGCUAUUUUUACCGAAACUCAAUAAAAAAAAAGUGCAGCGACUUGCACAACGUAUUACCCUUUUGUGUCCCUCCGAAAUUUACUAUCGCCCAUCGCUAAUCCGACGCAACGGUCUAAUCGGUGCUCGAUAUCACGUCGCGUGUGUAAAUACGCAGGGGGAAAGUUUGCCCCCCUUGUGCGUAUUACGGGGGGAAACUCGGCGCGUGGAAAAUGCGAGGGCCUUUUCCCGCGCGUUUUUUUCUCGCUUGGCUUGGUCCGUGCAACGCAGCCGGCUGUUACGCCACAUGCUCGUUGUGUGUGAGAAAGAGAGAAAUGGAGGGGAAAAGGGAGAGAGAGAGAGAGAGAGAGAGAGAGCGUUGGGGAUGCCAUGGUCCGAGGCAUGCUUACCUGCGCGCCGCUUUUCUUGCUACGUGUGCAGGCUGGUUGUUUCUUUUUUUCGUUUCGAACAGAUCGAGUUUUCUGAAUUUUCGGUUGGGCGGGGAAGAUGACGGGGACGAGUACCUGCAGCGAGGGAAAUCUGGCCUUCUAGCCUUCGAGGAAUUUUGGAUGCCGAGGAAUGUUGGUUUUUGAAAAAAAAAAACAAGCCGGUGGAAAAUACUCGACGUAAUUACGAGUUUUCUUUGUAUCUCGCAAUUGCGCUAAAGUUAUUUUUGAAUAAUUAUUAUCUUGCCAAUAAGCAAUACACUUUUAAACGCUGUCACCGAAUCGGUCAAUGUAAAGGAAAUAAAUACUGAUGAUUCUCGUUAUGCUGAAAUUUAAUUCCAGGCGCAGAGUUGUCGUCCCGCCUAUAUUCGUUUUAUAGAUCCGCAUUGGACGAGUCGACUUUUCAGUGCCGUUGCAGCGCGAAAUUUAAAUCCGCAUCGGCCGAUAUAUUUCAGCUUUUAUCUUGUUGUAAAUUUAACGCAAUACAACUUUUCUGGUUUCGGAGCGUUGUUAAGCGCGCGUUCUUUUUCACCUUUUUAGUAGAUUGUUUUAUAUUUAUACGGAAUAUAACCAGAGAAUAUACGCUCACUGCCGUGUUAUAAAUUCAACAGAAUCUUGCUCAUUUGUGCCCUUUUGCGAAACAUUUUUCAAUAGCGCAAUCCAUUUAAAAGUCUAGUGUACUUCUGUCACGAACAAACGUUUUUCUGCACAAUUCUCGUUGUUCGAAGCAAAAUCUUCAGGGCAGCCAUAAACCAAUUUUUUUCUCUUGUAAAUGUUCUAAAUUUCUUUAAAAUCUCGCAAAAAUGCCACCGUGGUAACGAAAAAAGAAAACGAGACUCAGCAAAAACAAAAUAAAGUUUGUUUCAUUAUUUCGUCGGGGCUUUUUACGCGAUAAUAAUAUUCUCGUCCUUCUCUCUCCCUCGCUCCCAUCCUGCGUUCGAUUCGUUCGUUAGCGCUGGCGCGCCGCUGCGCGGGCUCGCAUUCCCAGGGCUAGGCCAGCGCGCACAGCGUUCUCUGUCUCCCUUCCACGGCGGCGCGCGCGGCAAUCGACUCGCUCUCUCUCUCUCUCUCUCUCUCUCUCCCCCUCACGUCUUAUUGACCCGAACCCGGUUCUCGCCUCGUCUCUCUUUUCCCGCUCGCCGAGCUUCGAUUCGCCGCUCUCCACUCGCCUCUAUAUGUGUGGGUAUAUACUCAAUUCGCGGUUAUCAGCAAGAUGAGGAGAGUAAGAGAGAGAGAGAGAUGGAAGGUCGGCCCGAGUCUUUAUCCAAUUAUUAUUAUUAUAUUAUUAUAAAAUUGUAUAAAAUGCUAUGACGCUGGCGACUGGUUGUUUUUUACCCGGCUCCGAAAUGAUUUCCGCCGUCGGCGACGCGCGGCCGGGCCUAAUGUUUAUUCUCGCGUAGCGAAAAUAGUACGGAGAGUUAUGUCGGAAGCAGUAGUAACCUAAGCCGCGCGAAUAACACGCGUAUCAGGCGCGUUUUUACGCUAUUUUUUCCUCCUCAGAGUUCAAUCUCCUCUGGCUCGCGCGCCGUGCCCACAGGCGUUUUUCUCAAAAAUCUCGGGAACGCGCUCGCGCGCACGCCUUUCGACACGUAACAGGAUACGGACGAAAAACUGCGUGCUUCACGGAAAAAAAUAAAGGAUUGCAUAAGCGCGACUCGAAUUGCGCAAUACUCGCGAACUCGCUCUUUAUUCUCCUGUCUCCGUCGCGCACACCCAUGUAAUACGUAUAGCUUCGCGGCAGCCUCGGCUCCGAAAAAGUCGAGACACGGCGCGCAGUGCCGCGGGGGACGAGCGAGUAAAAGAGAGAUCGGUUGAAAAAACGAUCGACGAUUCCGCGUAAAACAAAGGGAGAGAGAGAGAGAGAGCCUCGAGCAGAGAGCGGCCGAGGGAACGAGCGAAACGAGAAUCGUUCCGUUUCGUGCAUUAUGCGACGCUGGUGCUCGAAAACGCGCGGGAAAUCCGACGACUGCGCACUUGAGCGGAGCAACUUUUCCCUCCUUUUUUCUCGCACGAAUCUACGCCGCAGAGCAGAGCUCGAAAAACAUGGCUCCUCGGGAAAAACCCCGCAAAAAGUCUCGUGCGCGAAAGAGAGAACGCGCGCGCCUAAAUGUUGACCUCGAGUUUCAAGGGUAGAGAAGGGUUCCUCUCGGCGCGUCCGUAUGUACAGCGUACUCACACGCGGGCAAACGCCAGUGUAUGCGCGCUCAGUGGAAGUAGGAGCAGAGAAGGCGACGUUGCCUGCUCUCGGUCUUGGACGUUCUCCCGCCAUCGGGGCGAGCCUCGCCCGGCGGGCCGAUUGGUCGGCACUCGAGACUUCUCCUUUGUGAGCAACCGGCUAGCGAGCCAGCUCGGCAACGCCGCAUUCUGCUGCCCAUUAGAAAGAGAGACGACGCCGCAGAGAGAAAGAACGUAAGGGGAACCGACGCCACCGUCGUCCCUCGCUCUCUCUCUCUCUCUCUCUCUCGCUCUUUUAUGCGCAUUGGCUCUCUUAGCGUAUUAUCGUUCCGGCGUGGACGAUCGCCAUGGUGAAAAUCCUCGGCCAGCGCGAUUUUCCAGCGUUCCGAAAAAUCGGAGCUCGCGCGCCCACGCCGCUCCGAAACGAAAGAAACGCGAAACGCGGAGCGCCGAUGGCGAGCAUCGACGGCGGCAGCGUUCGUUCGACGGCGUGGCGCGCGCGCGCGCGCGCAGAAAAAGAAGAGGGAGAAAGAACGCCAGGAGCGAGAGAGACGGACGCAGCUGACGGGGGAACGCGUAAUAGCGCAGGCGCACGUACACACGCGCAAGAGAGAAAGAGAAAAGUCGGCAGAGGAGUAGGGGCGGCGGCGGGGAAGCGAGACAACGAACCAGUGGCGCAGGGCUCUGUGUGGUGCCUCGGCGAUUCCCGUACCCACCGCCGGCCAGCCAGCGUUAGCGCCGAGUGGGGGGAGAGAGAGGAGAGAGAGCGGGGUUACAGCGUUGAGGCUACGUCGUAGAGCGCGUCGAGUACGAGCCAAGCCAGCCCACCAUCAUCCUAUCCUGUCGAACGGACGCAGCAGCAGCCAUACCGUGUGUACUAUAGAGUCGCCGCCGCCGCCCGCGCGCGCGAGAAAGAGAGAGAGAGAGAGAGUCAGAGCGAGCGAGAGAGCGAGAGAGAGCGAGAGAGAGAGAGACAGACGGCGUUGUGUAUACAUACACACGCACGCACACACGCUCGUAUUGCCGCCGCUGCUCUGCCGCGUUUUCCUGCGCCGUGCGGCUGCCAGAGCGACUAGCUGCAGCAGCCGAGGCUGCGCGGCUGACCGACCGACAUUUUGUUGUGCUGCAGUGGGCAUCGCGAGUUUUAUAUAGACUAUCGUGCAGUGACGUUCGGAGAACAGCGGCGAAAAGAGCACGAGGAGCCGGAACAAGAGGAAGCAGCAGCGAGCAGUGUGCGCGGCGACGACGCGCGCGCGCGCGCGGGGCUCUGCGCCACCGCCACCGAGUUGGACGUAAUUUCGUAACGAUAUUUUGAACAGCCAGCGCAAGAGAGAGAGAGAGAGAGAGAAAAAGUGCGCCUACGAGCCCGAGCGCCGCUCCGCUCGUAAAGCCGAGAGAGAGAGAGAGAGAGAGCGCACGAAGGGGAGAAGGAGAGACGGAACGGAAGAGAGAAGCAGCAGCAGCGGGGGAGAGGGAGAGCACACGAUCCGGGCGCUCGCUCCACCAGCAGCAGCAAAGCAGCGAGGCAGCAGAGGGGCAGCCGCAGCAGCAGCAGCACCAGCGGCACACAAAGCCGAGAAGAGAGCGCGGAACGCGCGCGUGUGGCCCCUACCACGACGACCGCACGAAAAAGAGAGACAGCAAGUGAGUGAAAGAGAGACGGAGAAAGAGAGAGAGAGAGAGAGAGAGAGAGAGAGCGACGAAGACGGAGAAAAAGAGAACGCGCGCGCGCGUGUGAGUACAACAGUGAGUACAGUUAUUAACCACGGCGACGACGGCAUCCUCUGCUAGGAGGCCCGAGAGAAGCAGCAUCGGCAGCGGCGAGGCACGAGGUUGCCGCGAAUGCGAAGAGCAACGCAGCCGGAGCAGUGUGUGCGCGCGUGUGCGUGAGAAAGCGAGACAGAGCGAGAGAGGGCUAGGCUUCUUGCCAGCGUAGCCAACGCGCGCGUGAGUGAGACAGACGCAGCAGCAGCGGCAUCAGCGGCAGCCGAGGGAAAGAGAGAGAGACAGUAGCAGCAGUAGCAGCGGCACACAAAGAGUGUGUGCAAGUGAGACAAGCAUACGAGUAUAACACAGCAAAGAGCAUCAUGUCGGAGCACCACCGCGUCGCCGGUGGCUGGGCCACGGCUAGCCCAGGGAGCCGAGAGGACGGCCAGGCCGGCGCCACCGCGUGGUGGCCGGCCGGCCUCAACGAGCAGGCCGCCGCGGCUGCUGCCCAGCAGCAGGCCCAGCACCAGGCGGCCGCCGUCGCAGCUGCCCAGCAGCAGCAGCAGCAGCAGAACCAGCUGCACCAGCACCUGCUCAACCAGCAGGCGGCCGCGCAGCAGCAGGCCCAGCAGCAGGCCCAGCAGCAGGCGCAGCAGCAGGCACAGCAGCAAGCCCAGCAGCAAGCGCAGCAGCAGCAGCUGAGCCAGCACCACCAGGACAUCGUGAGGAGCACCGCCGCCGCCGCGGCGACGCAGCAGCUCUUCUCCUACAAGAUGGCCUCCAGCUUCCAGAACCCCGCGACGACGGGCGCCCAGAGCAGCCCGGUCUCGAGCAGCAGCCCCGUCGCCUGCAUGAAGGGCUACGACUACAGGACCGGCGUGCCGGUCAGCGCCCCGUCGGCGCCGCCCGGCGUCCAGUGGUGGUACCCCAGCCAAGUGAUGGAGCAGCAGAACAACAUUCACCAGCAGCAGCUGCAGCAGGGACAGCACCUCGCCUCCAUCACGACGCAGACCUCCACACCGCCCAUCAUGUCGCCGCAGGACAAAAGAGGAGCGAAAUCUACCAAGCCAAGGGGACGCAUGACGGCGUACGCCUUCUUCGUACAGACCUGCCGUCAGGAACACAAGAAGAAGCACCCCGAUGAGAACAUCGUCUUCCAGGAAUUCUCCAAAAAGUGCGCCCUCAGGUGGAAGACCAUGAGCGACAAGGAGAAGAAGCGUUUCCACGAGAUGGCCGAGAAGGACAAGAAGCGAUACGACACCGAGAUGCAGAGCUACAUACCGCCCAAGGGCGAGAAGGUCACGGGCCGGGGCAAGAAGCGCAAGCACAUCAAGGACCCCAACGCGCCUAAGCGAUCCCUGUCGGCAUUCUUCUGGUUCUGCAAUGACGAGCGAGGUAAGGUCAAGAUGCUGAACCCCGAGUACGGAGUAGGUGACAUUGCCAAGGAGCUCGGCAAGAAGUGGUCCGACGCCGGCCCUGAACUCAAAGGCAAAUACGAGGCUAUGGCUGAGAAGGACAAGGCUCGAUAUGAAAGAGAAAUGACUGCGUACAAAAAGAAGCAGAAGGACGGACCCGGAGUUUGUGCACCCGCAGUAGUAGCCAAGAAGGCGGAGAGCGACGAAGAGGACGGAUGGGAAGAGGAAGACGAAUAGCAAGGAGAGUAACAAAUAGCGGACGCACGUCAAAAAUCUCAUCUAUCACCCCGUGUCCUUGAUCCCGAUGCAUACCUCACCUACUGUACAUACCAUUGACCUUAGCGUGAGCGUACUUACACCACUAGGAGAACAAAUAACUAACCACCAGUCCCCCGACUGUUCACAAUAAUAAUUAAAGAAAAAAACCGCGAUUAUAAUAAUUAUUUUAAAAGAAAAUUGUAUGUGUGAGUGAUAUGCGAGAGGAGAUGUAUGAGUGACAUUUGUAUUUUAACAUAUUGAUAGUAACAUGUAAAGUGGCAUAGGAUAGAAGCAAGGAAGAUGAUGAGUAAAACGAGAAAAAGAGAGUAAGAGAAAAAACGAGUAAGAAAGCAAGAGAGAGAAAGAGAGAGAGAUGAUAGAAAAAAAGAAAACACGAGAGGGAGAGAAAGAGAGUAGAAGAGACGGUGCCCACUUAUCUGUCAUGAGGUGGAAGGCGCAGGGGCUCUCAAUUAUCGCUGACUUUGUCUCCACUCUAUGUUAAAAAGCGGCAAAAAAAGAUAAAAACAUUUGAUUUAGUUAUUAAUGAAUAUAAAGAAAAAUAAUGAUGGAAAGGAUAAUUGUAUUAAUCGAUGGAGCGUAAUCCACCUCCAGAGGAUCAUGCUCGCGGAACGUUAUCAGUUCAGUUCAUUCGGUGCCAGCGUUAGUAAGCGAUUAAUAAGAUAUAAUGAUUAAAGCAGUUUUUUGUAAUUACUCGAUUUUUGUACAGUUAUACUUCUUAUUCUUUAAUUAAUUCUCAUGCUCGGAUCGGCUGAAUGAAUCGCGCAGGUGGGGAGAUGGUGGCUUUACGUUUUUUUUCUAUUUUAUUUUAUUUGCGAUUCUAAAUGAGGAGUGUGCUGUAAUGCUGCACCUCGCUGUACCUGUGUAAUUUAUAUCGAUGUUAUAAACCACUAAUGGUACGAUUCGAUCUCAAUCGCGUACGUUACAAUGCGAUCUCGAGUUAUAAGAUACUCUUAUCUAGGACUGCAACGCGCGUGAUUGAGCCUAAUGUUUAAUUAGCGAGUGGUUAACGAGCGAAAGAAAGCCAAGGCAGCUUUCUUAAAUCAAAACAAACUAAGCAAAUUUUUUCGAAAUUUUUGCUCCAUGGCCGAAGAGCACAAGAAUCCUUAUUAAUUAAUGUAUUGCACAGAUGUGAGGAAACGAGGGAAAGGGAAAAAGUGAAAAAAAGGGUGGCUGUUGUGCGUACAACGUAAAUCAUUGUUAUUCCACUCCUCUCGAUUGUAAUAUGCUGUUUAUCGUUGGAACGGGGAUUAUAGAGAGUGCUUAAGCCUGUUUUAUCAGUCAUUGUAACGCAAAUAGUUCACUCGGUUUACAGACUCUUUUUUUAUCGAUUAUAAUUAACACGAAUAUUAUUAUUAUAUGAUUAAUGUGUAUGACUUCUAAAAAUUUGAUUUGAGUUUACUUUUAAAUUUCUGAUAAUGAUUCGACUGACGAGUAGGUUUCAUUGUAUUAAGAUAUCUAUAUAUUUGGUUUGAACAAAGAGAUCGGUCCCUGCCCCUUACCAUCGUUAUAUCCCCUUCUUACAAACAUUCAUUUUGUCAAUAAAAAUGAUAUUUCUUGAAAAUGACAAGCUUCUAUAAAUAUUUUCUCAAAAUUUAACAACAUACACACACACACAAACACACACAAACGAUAUAUCGUUCGUUUUUCGUCGGACAAGAAAAGCGACAACAAGGUGGUGUGUCGAUAUUUCGCACUGCCUUACAUGAAAAUCAUUCUGGUGUACAGCAGGCUGUAUUAUAAUAAAUUAUUGUGGUUUCUUGUAAUGUUAACAUUCCUAGGUCUUAGUAUGUACAGAUUACCUAAUCGUCAUCGAUUAGAGCAAACUAUAUAAGACGCUGAUGAGCUGCAAGCUCGAUAUUACUUCAAGAUUUUAUUGCCAGGAUGAUGAUUAUGAUAAUUAUAUGUGUGAAAAAAUAUGCAGGAAGCGUGUUGCUGCUUCUUUAUAAUCAGACUGACUUGUAUUACAAACAAAAUCACGUAAUAACGAAGAGAAAAAAAUCUCAUUUGACUCAUCCGCCACUUUCAGCAUUAAGCUCUUCGUCUCCCCCACACACACAUAUAUAUUGUCAUGAAAAAAAAAAA